AUGGUUUCGGUGCAGCACAUCACGUCAAGCAACCCAAUGGUUGAUCCCGAGUAUGACCCACGCUACUUUGAGCAUGAAUCUGACCUCAACGUGCUCAUGGAGACCGCCAAGUUCACAUGCAAUCUGGUGCAGCAUGCGCCGUUGAAGGACAUGAUCGCGAGGGAGAUCACGCCGAAGUUGGGUGUGCAAACCGAUGAGCAGUUCACAGAGUACGUGAAGCAAACUUUUGGGAUGACAUGGUACACGUGCAGCACCUGCUUGAUGACACUGCACGACAAGGGCGGCGUCAUCGACCACGAGCUCAGGGUGCAUGGCACAAACAAUCUCAGGGUUGUCGACCUGUCAAUUGUCCCACUGCACAUUGCUGCACACACACAGUGUAUGUAUACCAGGCUGUCUGUUGCGAGCGUGCGUGGCUGA